ACUGUGCAGACAUGAGGAGAUGUGGGCAGAAACCUUGCUGGGAGAUGGGCAAUUGCCUUCACUCCCUCCCUCUCUUGGGGACACGAUUUGUGGCUGUCAGUGAUGCCUGGAAUGAAGAGAACCAUGAGCAGUGAAUGUUUGUUACCUUAUUACACUGCCCACAGCUACCGAUCCAUGGGCGUGUUCAACACCUCCAUGGGAAACCUACAGCGACAACUGUACAAGGGAGGAGAGUAUGAUAUUUUCAAGUAUGCACCGAUGUUUGAGAGCGACUUUAUCCAGAUUAGCAAAAAAGGAGAGGUGAUUGAUGUUCACAACCGCGUCCGAAUGGUGACUGUGUGCAUUGCAUCCACCAGCCCGGUUCUCCCACUACCUGAUGUCAUGCUGCUGGCCCGACCAGCUAAAGUCUGUGAAGAACAUGCCAGGCGGGCCCGGUUCAUCAAGGGGAGAGGCCGCAAGCCUUCGAAGACUUUAGAGCUCACCAGGCUGCUUCCUCUGAAGUUUGUCAAGAUCUCCAUUCACGACCGUGAGAAACAGCAGCUACGCCUGAAGCUUGCCACAGGCCGAACGUUUUACCUGCAGCUGUGUCCCUCUUCUGACGCACGAGAAGACCUCUUUUGCUACUGGGAAAAGCUUGUCUAUCUCCUGAGGCCACCGAUAGACAGUUGCAGCAGUAGUCCAACACUUCACACCGGUGACACAUGUACCCCGGAGGAAGACAAAAGCCUACUGGGCUCAGAUAUCCACGGAGAAGGGGAUCAGGAUUCCGGGCUUCAAAGGCUUCGAGAUGUGUCAGGAACCACCUCUGCUGCAUUUGCAGGAGGAGAGGGAACACAACCAGCUAUUGCAGCUUCUACAGCCGUUGGUAGUCAAGGAUCUGCCAAAGGGGUAGCAGCAGGGGCAGCAGGUGGCACAGUGGCUGCAGGAGUAACAACAAGCCCCUCAGCAGGUGUGGCAAAAGUGGGGGCAGCUACAGGCUCUCCCUCAGGUGCUGUAAGCAUGGCAACAACCAAGUCUCCAGGCUCAUGCCAGAUAAUCACAGCCCUGGCAGGAACAGCCAGCAAAGAUUUGGGAGGAAAUGGAUCCAGCAAGGCCCUGGCAGCUGUUGCUAACAUAUCCUCGGAAGAUAUAGAUGUGGUCUUGGCAGGAGCUGCCAGCUCCUCCUCGGAGUCCAUUUCUGCCGGGGGUGCUGCCAGUGCCACUGCAGACAGCAGCCUAAGUGUGGCAUUUGCGGGCACCAUGACGACCAAGGAGCCUGCUGCAGACAAACCUGAAGCCCCACUCGUGUCAACCUUGCAGAGUGAAGGCUACAUGUGUGAAAGGGAUGGAAGCCAGAAGGUUUCUCACACUGGCUCUGAGGCCCAGAAGGAAAAACAGGAGAGGCGAGAAAAGAAGGACAGAAAUUCCAGCAGGAAAAGUUCCCAUCACCACAGGUCGGGGGCAAGUCACCGAAGCUCAGGCAAGGACAAGACCCGGAAAUCAUCUUCCCACCGGUCUGUAUCUGGCCAUGGGAAAACAAGAGAAGACAAAAAAGAAAAAAGGUACAGCAGUUUAAGGGGCAAGAGACAUGGCUCUUCUCACAAGAGUGAGUCCAGGACUGCUCAGAAACCCAGCAAGAGCCGAUCUACACCUAGCUCGGGGUCUGUGAGUAAGAAAUCCAGUAAGAUUAGCUCCUUUUUGAGGAGCUUCAUAAUAAGGCCUACUUCAAAACUAGGGCCCACCUCACGUGAUAGAGGAGGGGUAGACAUUGUGACAAAGACAGUGGAGAAGCACAACAUAGAGACAAAGAUGGAGAAAGGCAAGGAGUUAGAGUUCAGCGGCACUGUAACUGAGACAACGGAGAGGAUCAUCUUUGAAACCAAAUCCAUUUAG